GUGCUGUCGGACGCCGGGUCGCUUGUCAAAUGAGAUCCUCGCAGUCUUCUAGUAAUUCCUCCCACACUGGUCACCUUUUACCGCAGAGGGCGACGCGCGCGAACACCGGCAGACAUGUCGUACUGCAAGCAAGAGGGUAAAGAUCGCAUCAUCUUCGUGACCAAGGAGGACCACGAGGCUCCGAGCAACGCCGAACUCAUUGCAGAUGACCCCAAUGACCCCUACGAGGAGCAGGGUCUGAUCCUGCCCAACGGGGACAUCAACUGGAACUGCCCGUGCCUCGGCGGCAUGGCCAGCGGCCCCUGCGGCUCUCAGUUCAAAGACGCCUUUUCCUGCUUCCACAACAGCAAGGAGGAGCUGAAGGGCUCCGAGUGCAUCGACGACUUCCGUGACAUGCAGGAGUGCAUGCAGAGGUACCCGGAGCUCUAUCCGCAGGACGAGGACAAAGAAGCCUCCUCCCAAGCGGAGCCCGCCGACCCGGCCGAGGGCUCCGCCUCGCCCCCCGAAACUGACUCUCCCGCGGCCGAGUCCGCCGCCACGCCCGACAGCGUGGCGCCGACAGACGACCGGACCGCCAGCUAAGGUCCGCCCGGCGUCGCCCGGGCUUCCUGUGUGCAAGCGCCGCCCACCGUGACUGACUCUCUCUCCGUCUGUCGGCGCUCUGGCGCUCGCGGGGCAACGUUCACACGCGAGCGCGCAGAGACGGACUUUGUGACCGAGGAGAAACGCGGCGCGCGUACACGAGUUUAGGUCCGCUUCUUUUGUUUGACGAGCAAUCCCCCCCCAAAAAUAGAUCAUUGAAUAAUGUGAUUUAACGACAGCCGGCCACGCUGUUCGCUGCAGGGACGUUUUCGUUGGAAGACUCUCUUCAUAUGCAAUUUGAAUUUAAUUUACUUAUUAUACUUUUUAUUUAUGUGUCGAUUUGAACAGUAAUCACUGGAAAUUGUAUUUUAUUUGAGCAACGUUCAACUUUUCUUAGGAAUUCACCGCGACUCGAGACGGUUUUAAAUCCUGCUGUGAAUUAUCAAAAAAAUCCCUUUUUGCUUUCCAUCAUUUAAGAGAGCGAAACGCAGAUGAUUGGUAAGAAGACGAGGGUUUUCACAUCGAUGGAAGAGACGUGUCAUUUCCUCAGCCAGGCUCGUUGCGCACGUGUUGGUUGACGUCGUGGUAAAACUUCAGGGGUUUCAUCUCUCCGCGUAUGAACUGCGGCCGGCACGUCACCAGAUGGAACUCCUCUGGUCGAGACCAAAAGGUUUUUGUUGUCGCUGCAUAAAUGUUUCUGUCGUCUUUAUUUCUGUCUCCAGUUGGAUGCUGUGGUCUCUACUCACUGACAUUCAGGCCUUAAAAGACUCGAUGGAUAUGUCCAGAUUAAAAUUAUAAUCAAAAUUUA